GCGGACGCCGACGAGCGGCGCUGCGCCUCGGGUGCCGCGCCGGGGUCGCUAGUUGGGCCACACUGGCCACGGUACUUUUUCUUCUCAUGCUGUGUAAAGCUGGUUGGGUGUUUUUCGCCGGCUCUUAGCAGAGGGCUCCUUGUGGAGAAUCGCGCCGCAGGCUAUGACGCCGAGCUGUCUCGAGACCUCCUGACGCUUCCGUAGCGCGGAGGGAUGUGGACUCCUGUGAGUCGGGGCAGGUGGCACGGUCGCGCGCUCACGGUGUGGGCCACCGCAGCCGCACAUCGGGGCCUCCUGGAGCCUCGCCGCACGCCGAGCCGUGGGGCUGCUGCCAAGUCCAGGACUCUGGACAGGCUCUACAGCUCUGCCGACCGCAAGGAAAAAAUUGACAUGUCUAGAUUCUCUGUUGAAAAUACUAGAAAUUUCAGUAUCAUUGCACAUGUGGAUCAUGGCAAAAGUACUUUAGCUGACAGGCUCCUGGAACUAACAGGCACAAUUGAUAAAACAAAAAAUAAUAAGCAGGUUCUUGAUAAAUUGCAAGUGGAACGAGAAAGAGGAAUCACUGUUAAAGCCCAGACAGCAUCUCUUUUUUAUAAUUGUGAUGGAAAGCAGUACCUUUUAAAUCUCAUUGAUACACCAGGCCAUGUUGAUUUUAGUUAUGAAGUAUCCAGGUCACUCUCUGCUUGCCAGGGUGUUUUACUUGUGGUUGAUGCAAACGAGGGUAUUCAAGCCCAAACUGUAGCAAACUUCUUUCUUGCCUUUGAAGCACAGCUGUCGGUAAUUCCAGUUAUAAACAAGAUAGAUCUGAAGAAUGCUGAUCCUGCAAGGGUUGAAAAGCAAAUUGAAAAAGUGUUUGAUAUUCCAAGUGAUGAAUGUAUUAAGAUUUCUGCUAAACUUGGAACUAACAUUGAAAGAGUUCUUCAGGCAGUCAUUGAAAGAAUACCACCUCCCAAAGUGCAUCGCAAAAAUCCCCUGAAAGCUUUGGUAUUUGAUUCCACAUUUGACCAAUAUAGGGGUGUGAUAGCCAAUGUAGCAUUAUUUGAUGGAGUGGUUUCCAAAGGAGAUAAAAUUAUAUCUGCAUAUACUAAAAAGACGUAUGAAGUUAAUGAAGUAGGAGUUCUGAAUCCUAAUGAGCAGCCAACACAUAAACUAUAUGCAGGACAGGUGGGCUAUCUGAUUGCUGGGAUGAAAGAUGUCACUGAAGCACAAAUAGGAGAUACAUUAUAUUUACAUAAACAACCAGUGGAGCCCUUGCCUGGGUUUAAAUCAGCGAAACCAAUGGUAUUUGCAGGAAUGUACCCUAUAGACCAAUCUGAAUAUAAUAACCUGAAGAGUGCUGUAGAAAAACUGACUAUAAAUGAUUCCAGUGUGACAGUUCAUCGGGAUAGUAGCCUUGCCUUAGGUGCUGGUUGGAGGUUGGGAUUUCUUGGACUUUUGCAUAUGGAAGUUUUCAACCAGCGACUGGAGCAAGAAUAUAAUGCUUCUGUAAUCUUGACAACCCCAACUGUUCCAUAUAAAGCUGUUCUUUCGUCAGCAAAAUUGAUAAAGGAAUACAGAGAAAAGGAAAUUACAAUCAUCAAUCCUGCACAAUUCCCUGAUAAAUCAAAAGUAACAGAAUAUUUGGAGCCAGUUAUUUUGGGUACAAUUAUCACACCAGAUGAAUAUACUGGAAAAGUAAUGAUGCUUUGCCAGGCUCGAAGAGCAGUUCAGAAGAAUAUGAUGUAUAUUGAUCAAAAUAGAGUUAUGCUGAAAUAUCUCUUCCCUUUGAAUGAAAUUGUGGUGGAUUUUUAUGAUUCUUUGAAAUCCCUGUCUUCUGGAUAUGCUAGUUUUGAUUAUGAAGAUGCAGGCUACCAGACUGCAGAACUUGUAAAAAUGGAUAUUCUACUGAAUGGAAAUCAUGUAGAGGAGCUGGUAACUAUUGUACACAAAGACAAAGCACACUCUGUUGGCAAAGCCAUAUGUGAACGUCUUAAGGAUUCUCUUCCUAGGCAGCUGUUUGAGAUAGCAAUUCAAGCUGCUAUUGGAAGUAAAAUCAUUGCAAGAGAAACUGUGAAAGCUUAUAGGAAAAACGUUUUGGCAAAAUGUUAUGGUGGUGAUAUUACCCGAAAAAUGAAACUUUUGAAGAGACAAGCAGAAGGAAAGAAAAAACUGAGGAAAAUUGGCAACAUUGAAGUUCCAAAAGAUGCUUUUAUAAAAGUUCUAAGAACACAACCUGAUAAGUAAUUGGUGGAAAAAAAUAC